GUUUGUUUUUCAGAUCCAACACAAGACUCAUGUGAGCUUGCCACAUCUUGUCUAAUGGUACUAGCUCAUAUUUUCACUUCUGCAAGAGAAGAGAUUUGUAUUCUUCCCAGUGGCAGUGAUGCUACCCACUCACUGAGUUUCCAUGGGAUACAGAUCAUGCCACUGGACUGCAUUUGGAUAAAGGAUGAGCUCAGUGUUUCUCUGAGGAGUCUUCCAACACAUUUUCCUAAUUACCUUUUAAUGGUGUUCUAAGUGAGCUUAUGUGAAACAAAUAGUAUUGGAUCAUGAGUGAAGAAAAAAACUUUGGUGCAUCCCAGAAAAUGCUGUCUCCUUCAAGAAGUACUAGCAGCUGCUCCUCCAAGCAGGGAAGUCGACAGGACAGCUGGGAAAUUGUAGAAGGACUCCGGGGAGCAAUGAAUUGUACCCAGGAGCCACAGAAGCAAGAGGGCUGCUUGCUGAAAAAGAGGAAAUGGCCUCUGAAAGGCUGGCACAAGAGAUACUUCUUUUUGGACAGAGGGAUUUUGAAAUAUUCUAAAUGCCGAGCUGAUAUAGAGAGAGGAAAACUUCAUGGCUGUAUUGAUGUUGGACUUUCUGUCAUGUCUGUAAAGAAAUCAACAAAAUGUAUAGAUUUGGAUACAGAGGAGCAGAUAUACCACUUGAAGGUGAAGUCUCAGGAGCUGUUUGAUGAAUGGGUAGCAAAACUUCGCCAUCACAGAAUGUACCGUCAGAACGAAAUCUCCAUGUUUCCUCAUGACGCAAACAAUAUUUUCUUCCCUGUGUCUACUACUACAGACUCUGUCCCUGGUUUCUGUGAUUCUUCUCCAGGUAGAAAGGCAGGCAGCUUGACCAAACAAAAUUCAACAUCUACUGGAGGUAAUUUGUCAUUUUCUUUUUCGAGUAAUGAGUCCAGGAUUUCAUCUUGGCUACAGUCUUCUGAAGACAUGGAAAAAUGCUCAAGAGACCUCUCCAACUGUCACGCAUAUUUACUGGAAAUGAAUCAGCUGUUACAGAGCAUGGAUGUUCUUCACAGGACAUAUUCAGCUCCUGCUAUAAAUGCUAUGCAGGUUGGACCUUUUGAAAGCCCAAAGAAGGAAAAGAGAACACACAGGAGGUGGCGAUCCAGAGUUGUUGGGAAAGAGGCUAAAGGAAUGUUACAGGUGCCUUCAGUAUUUUCUGCCCCUAUGAGACUGCAUGCUUCCAAUCCAAACUUAUCUACAAUAGAUUUUGUAGAGGAGAAAAAUUACUCUGAUGGCUCUGAAACAUCAUCAGAAUUUACUAAAAUGCAAGAGGACUUAUUUCACAUUGCACAUAAAGUUUACUUCACCUUGAGGUCAGCUUUCAGCUCCAUAUCCACAGAGAGAGAAAAGCUGAAGCAGAUGCUGGAGUACGAUGCAUCCUCAUCUCCAUCUGCACAAAUAGUGGGCUUGAAGAAUGCCUUAACAUCUGCAAUAGCACAAAACACAGAUCUUAAAGACCGGUUACGCAGAAUACAUGCCGAAUCUAAGAUCAUUGAUUCAGCAUCUAAUGCAAAAUCGAGCCCAGAUUUGGUGAAGGAAAAUUCAAGAGAAGAAGGCAGAGGUCUGGUUCACCAGGUCUCCAAUGAAAGCAGACUGUCUAUUGCUGACUCUCUCACAGAAUUUUUUGAUGCACAGGAAGUCCUACUGUCUGCUAGUUCUUCAGAAAAUGAGGUAUCAGAUGAUGACUCAUACGUAAGUGACAUCAGUGAUAAUGUCUCAGAAGAUAACCUAAGCAAUGACAUGGAGAAUGAAAGACAAACUUUAGAUUGUAUUUCUGAAAGCGGAAUUGGAUGCAAUUCUAAACGGAGAACAUGUUUACCAGCUCCAUGUCCUAACACAAGUAACAUCAGCCUUUGGAAUAUCCUGAGGAAUAACAUAGGAAAGGAUCUCUCCAAAGUGGCCAUGCCUGUUGAGUUGAAUGAGCCACUAAACACCCUGCAGCGCCUCUGCGAGGAGCUGGAGUACAGCGAGCUCCUGGAUAAAGCAGCGCACACACCAAACCCCUUCGAGCGGAUGGUGUACAUAGCUGCCUUUGCAGUCUCUGCCUAUGCAUCCAGUUACUACCGAGCUGGAAGUAAGCCAUUUAAUCCUGUGCUUGGAGAAACCUAUGAAUGUAUUCGUGAAGAUAAGGGUUUCCAGUUCUUUGCAGAACAGGUCAGUCACCACCCACCUAUUUCUGCAUGCCAUGCUGAAUCUGUGAAUUUUGCUUUUUGGCAAGAUGUCAGAUGGAAAAACAAAUUCUGGGGAAAGUCCAUGGAAAUUGUUCCAGUUGGCACGACACACGUAACUCUUCCAGCUUUUAAAGACCAUUUUGCCUGGAACAAGGUGACAUCCUGCAUCCAUAACAUCUUGAGUGGGCAAAGAUGGAUUGAACACUACGGAGAGAUCAUCAUAAAAAAUCUUAAUGAUGACACGUGCCACUGCAAACUGACUUUCAUAAAGGCAAAGUAUUGGAAUCCAAAUGCACACGAGAUCGAAGGCAGUGUCAUGGAUAAAUCUGGGAAAGUUGUGCAUCGGCUCUUUGGGAAGUGGCAUGAAAGUUUAUACUGUGGGACAGCUUCAUCUUCAAACUGCAUAUGGAGAGCAAAUCCAAUGCCUAAAGAUUAUGAACAGUGGUAUGGAUUUACACAAUUUGCACUGGAGUUAAAUGAACUGGACCCACAAACUAGGUCGUUACUCCCAUCCACUGAUACACGUUUUAGACCAGACCAAAGGUUUCUAGAAGAAGGGAAUAUUGAAGGAGCUGAAAUACAAAAGCAGAGGAUCGAGCAGCUGCAGAGAGAACGACGGAAGGUGCUAGAAGAAAACAAUCUAGAGCAUCAGCCUAGAUUUUUCAGGAAAUCCAGCGAUGACUCCUGGGUGAGCAAUGGAACCUACAUGGACCUUAGAAAAGAACCUGGUUUUUCCAAACUGGACAGUCCUGUCCUUUGGUGAAAGAGGAGCUAAGUGAAGAUAUUCUGUGCUGUAUUCUUGGAUCUGAUUUAAAAGACAUAUAUAUAAAAUAUAACUAUAUAUCUAUAUGUACACACAAAUAUAUGCACACACACAUACAGAAUGUGUGUGGUGUGUGCAAAUGUGCAUAUCUCCAGAAUUGUGCUUAAUUUAGAAUCUGAUAAUUCAUUUGUUUCCUUUACUCAACUAUUGCAGUGAUUGUUUGAAUGUAUAAAUAUCCUAAUUUCUUUUUUAUAAAAUAUUUAAUAAAUAGUACUGAAUGUUAACAGAUAGAAAAGAGAAGAGCUUUUACACUACUUUUUCAAUGUGUAAUAAUGUCAGUUCUGAGUUAAAUUAUGCCUUACUGAAUUGCAUUGGAGACAGUAGCAUCAGCAUCUCCUAGCUGUGCUGAGGAAGAGUGCAAGCCUUAGUAACACAAACUGUAGGCAGGCUUCCACAGUGCAAUGAGUAGUUCAGCUGUCUCUGGGCUGGUAUGAAUUGCUAAAACAGAUUAUCAGCUGGUGCUGAAAUCUGACUAUGAUCUUUUGCUGUCUGUAGGAAAGAUUUAAGUGAGCUUUUGUUUCUAUUAACUUUCUUCUUAGCUUUAUGGAAGAGGUAAUUCUGAGCUUACAUUGGUGGUUCUACUGCCUUAUACAUAAACUGUACCCGGUUACAUGCAGUGCUGGAAAGUCAGGAAUCGCCAAAAUUUUCCACUGGGAAACAUUUUCACUUCAAAUUUAUAGCCCCCAACAGGGCAAGAAGAGAUGAUUUGUAUAUACUGCUUGAGCACGAACUAGAUGAAGAAGCUCUCUCUUUUUCCAGUAAGUGAAAUCUUACACAGAGCACGAAAUCCUGUGCUUCCAUAGCUUCAUUUGUUUUUAAUUCACUCAAAAAUUGCAACAGUAAGACUUUUUAAGAAGUAAGCAAACAGAUUGUUUUAAGCUAGAAAUUUUUUCCUAGUAUUUUGAUAUUUUCUACCUCUUAAAUAACAUAUUUAAGAUCUUAUAUUUAAAAAAUUACCACCUGCCUUAUGGAGAAGUAUAUGGAGUCUUUGAUCUUCCUCUGUUUGUUUGUUAAGUUCAGAUAAAUAUUUAAAUGUCUUGCACUAAAUCAAUUGCAUCCCUUUCCUGUAAUUUUAGAUGUAUGGUUCGAUAUGUGCAGCUACUAAACCAUAGGUCAGAAAUUUAGCAGGAAACAAAUGUAGCAGAAGCCUCACUUUUGAAUGAAGACUACAGAGAUGGGCAGUAUUUUGGGGUUUUUUCCAUCAAAUCACGAUGCCAUAGUCAUUAACAGAAUAAUUUGCAUUUCCACAUAUCUGCAACCCAAUCCAUGAUUCUUCGAAUCUGCUCUGUGUGUCUGCAACUCUCUGCCAGCAAUGCAUUUUUCCACAUGACAGAUCUACAUCCUGUCACCACACCCUUUUCUUUUCUUUACAUGCCACUGUAAAGACACAAAACAAACCCCAAUGCUGGCACAUUAAAUUGGCUUAUGACUGGAACAACUGGACAUGGCAUGGAUAAAGUAGACUCCUAGGAGGACAGACUAAUAGCUUAGAAAAGCUUGCACUUUACUGCAAUUGUGCUGCAUUGUUCUAGGGAAAAUCUAUUAUAAAUGGAUCCAUGUAUUAUAUGUAACAUGAAGGAAAUACUAUGAAGGUUUUAAAUUUUAAACAAAAUCUGUGGUGUCAGAUUAGAUGUAUAUUUGAACUUUGCUUUCUAUUACCUUGAAGCCUCAUUGUCUCAGAGGCAGAUGAAUGCUUUUUCACUGUUUUUCAUUCUGCCCAGGAUCUCUGCCUCACCAUCAUUUCUGUAAUUUAUUACCAAAGAAGUUAGCAUAAUUAUAUCUAAUUAAUAUGUCUUGGAAAAACUUGACUACCAUGCCAGCAGCUUGCAACAAGGCAAGGUUCACACUUACAUGAAGACAAAAUCUGGGCUUUGAUUCCAAAGGAAAUCUUUAAGUUUGGGGCCGUUCAUCUUUUCAAGAAAAAUGAGGUUCCCUUCAUGACUUGUUCCCUUCCUAUCUUUUUUCCUUGUAUUAACUGUCAAAACCUGGCACAGAAAUGAGUUGAUAGUUGCAAUUAUCCUUGCUGUCAGUAAUUACAAAUUAUACUAAAAAUAAGGGUCAUUUAAAAACAAAAGAGGGUAGAGGAAAUAAAAGCUUUUAAGAAAAGGAGCAAAAUUUGUGGAGGCUGCAUUAAGCUUGCUCAUUGUCAUAUUUGGCAGCUACUGUGAUACUAUCUGAUCUGAUUGCUGGGUUUGUAUAUUCUGUGUGUGGAGGGGAUUCCCCCAUACAGGUAUUAAACAAAACCGAUCUCACAUGGGGUAUUUGAGUCAUGAUUUUUGAUAACCCAGACUGGCAGUGCCAUUUCAUAGAGUCUGAUUUCUCUAACACUCCAAACUGUCCGAAACACAUGGGAUUAAAUGACAAGAAGCAUUGGGCUGAGCUGUGCCUUACACAAAAAUUUCUUCAUCAAAAUUUCUGUAUCAAGAGAGUAAACUCCAGAAUUUUAGCAUUGUCUCCAUAAAAAUGCCUGAGAAUAAUCCAGGGCAUUUCUUAAAUGCAUGAAGCAAAAUCACUGAACAAGUAAUUGCUCCUUUUGUAAAUCUAUAAUACACACCUCCAAACACAAUGUAACCAGUUGUGAGUGAUCCUCUGACCCCACAUUUCCAACUGCAGUAUAGUAUUCCCUGCUUACUUUUGUAUGAAACAAUUUGGUUUAGUUGUUAAACUUCUGUUAACUGUAUAUUAAGAAGUGGAAAAAAAUUGUCUUGAUGUUAGUUCUGUGUAUUUCUGCAUGUAAAUAUAUUCAACAUUCACAAUCUUAAUAUAUUCUAUAAAGUUUUUCUUGGUAAAAUAUGUAAUUUUGGUAAUUUUCUUCCCCAGAACUUCUGCUGUGUUAAUGGUUACAAAAUUUAUAUUAGCUUUUGGCAUCGUCACUAAAACAACUGUGAUUUUUAAUUACUGACACUGAGGGACUUUUUACCCACUAUUUCUACCCUGAAUGGUAAAAAAGCAUGUAUCAGGCAACUUAACUGCUUCCUUUCAUACGCAUCUGUGAUCCCCAAGGUGUGUAGCUCAAUGGAUCAGUCUUAAAAUUUCCUGAUGGACCCUUGCCUGCUGUUACAGCUCUCUUAUUUCAUGACUUUAUAAACACUUCUUAAUACAAUUUUGGAGGCCAGUUUGAGAA